AUGGCGCAUUCCCUGGCUUCGAGCCAACAUUCUAGGAACUCCACGUUGUCCAUUCAGAGCCGCUCGUUUGCGAGGCCCCUGAUCGGCAAGCCCCUCGGCAGGCCAGCGUGUGCGUCCCAGCAGGGCGUAGACAAGGCCACCAAGCCCACCCCCUCCACCGUCCCCGUGACCAAGGAGGAGGCGUCCACCCCUGACUACUACAGCGCUGUCACGAUCGGGAACCCCCCGAUCAAGUCUCGACUUGCCUACUGCACAUUUGCCUCUUCCUCUAACUUCACAUCUGCCUCUGCGUCUGUGCCGUUCUCUUCCGCCGCUUUUGCGUCUGCGCCGUUCUCCGCCCCGCCGUCCUCCGCCCCCAACGCCCCGCAGCCCAGGCCCAAGAUUUCUAUCAAGCUGCCCAAGGACAUCAAGGUGGACAGCAGCAUCAGCACCAGCAGCUGGAAGACGGCGGCGCCACCCAGCCCUCUGCCCACUGCGCCCGCGCCCAUCACCUUCAGCCUGUCUCAGCAGCCCCCCAGGCAGCAGCAGCAGCAGCAGCAGGAGCAGCAGCAGCAGCAGCAGCAGCAGCAGCAGCAGCAGCAGCAGCAGCAGCAGCAGCAGCAGCAGCAGCAGCAGCAGCAGCAGCAGCAGCUCUGGCAGCAGCAGCAGCUCUGGCAGCAGGAGCAGGAGGACAACAAGCCCCGCGAUGAGUUUGAGGAGGAGCAGCAGCUGCGGGCGAAGCGCCGCUUUAUGGACCUGCCCAAGGCAGCGGUGGGCGCCGUCGCGGCCGCCAUCGGCAGCGCCGCCAGCGCCGCCGUGAGCAUGGUCAGCGCCGUCGCAGGCUCCGCCUCCAUUGUGGUGCGCCGCGCCACCGCCAAGCGCACCAGUGCGCCUCCCUCCUGCACCGUGUGCCCGGCUCCUGCGCCAGCGCCAGCGCCGUGCUGCCCUGUGCCUGCGCCGGCACCCGCGCACGCGCUGCCCUCUGUGCCCUACCAGCCGCGAGAGGUGGUGCGCAGUGUCAGCAUCCGCGCACCUGUGUUCACCUUUGACCUCAGCGACGAUGACGACGACGACGAGACCAGCAGCGGCUGCCAGCGUGCGCGCGCCAAUGCAGAGGCGCUGGGGGCCAUCACUGGCGGCGUCGCUGGCCUCAGGCUGCAGGAGGAUGAGGCAACCCCCAUGGAGGGCUGGUACUGGUGGGAGGAUGAUGAGGUCAGGCAGCAGCACCAGCAGCACCAGCAGCACCAGCAGCACCAGCAGCACCAGCAGCACCAGCACCAGCACCAGCACCAGCACCAGCACCAGCACCAGCACCAGCACCAGCACCAGCAGCAACAGCAGCAGCUCUGGCAGGAGCAACAACUCUGGCAGCAGCAGCAAUUCUGGCAGCAGCAGCAGCAGCAGCAGCAGCAGCAGCAGCAGCAGCAGCAGCAGCAACAGCAGCAACAGCAGCAACAGCAGCAGCUCUGGCAGGAGCAACAACUCUGGCAGCAGCAGCAAUUCUGGCAGCAGCAGCAGCAGCAGCAGCAGCAGCAGCAGCAGCAGCAGCAGCAGCAGCAGCUCUGGCAGCAACAGCAGCAGAAGCAGCUCUGGCAGCAGCAACAGCAGCAGCUCUGGCAGCAGCAGCAGCUCUGGCAGCAGCAGCAGUUCCAACAACUGGCCCCAUCCUGUGUCGAACCUUCAGGCGCGGGUGAUGACGGGGAUGUCACGAUGACUGACGCGCCUGAGGAGUCGCCGACGAUGUCCCAGCUGCCCACCCUGAGCUUCGCCGGCGCUGUCAACCCCCACAUGCUGGCGCCCUACCCGGUGCUGAGGCCAAUCACCGACAUCGUCAUCCCUGAGCCCGAGCCCAAGGCUGUGCGAGCACCAGCGCCCUCUAUCACGGAGCAGGCGUCUGAGGAGCAGCAAAAGCGCCGCCUCGAGGACUCAUUCCGCCUGGACGGCGCUGCGAGCCCGGAGCUCCCAGCGCCUCAGGCCGGCGGCGUGAGCAGCAGCGCCGCCCGAGACGCAACGUCGCAGGCCCGCGCCCCUGCCGCCGCAGACGCCGCAGCUUGGCCGCCUGCAGCGCUGCGUCUGCCGCGGUGGCUGGUCGAGGCGGAGCGGCGGCUGGAGGCAGACCUGCCCACGAUUGGGCUGACGGUGUUGUUCAUGGUGGCGCUCAUUGGCUACGAGCGGGGCGUGCAGUCGCUGCUGGACAAUGUGUUUGGGGACAGCCCCAAGGGCUCCGUGGCCUGUAUUAUCAUGGGCCUGUGGCUGGUUUUUGGCGUGAAGCUGUCUGGCGUGCGCUGGACUGCCGUCUGGGACGUGUCGGCCGGAAGCAAUCGCGGCAGCCGGCGGCAGCAGUAG